UGGACAAAAGAAAUAAAGCAGGAGUCCUAAAGUGUAUUUUCCCCCCAGCGAAACUAUUUACCCAGCUGAGCAGGUUAAGUUAGUGCUACAAUGCACAAAUUGUCCCCGCGCUACAAUGAGGACAAGCAGGAAAAGGGGGCCAAUUCAGCCCAUCGCAGGUUGUGCUCAACCUCAAGCGGCACAGUCGGCGCCUGGCGUCUCCUUCGAUGCCGGCGAAGACCAAUUUUGCUCCUUGCAGUCUUCGCCUUUGUCUGCAUUUAUGUUUUAUUCUUGUGGAUUCCGUCCGUGACCACAGGCUUCUGGCAUUGGCCGUGGUUGAGAGAAAAGCACCUCGAAAUUCUUCCCUCUUGGUUGCACAUGGCUUUGUCGUAUCUCCUUGCGAGAGCUGCACCGUCGGUAGACAUAUCUCAGGGAACCGUCGUCGGUACAGUCUUGACCGACAGCUCGCUCCCUCGCCCGAUCGAGGCCUUUCUUGGAGUCCCAUAUGGUCAACCACCAGCCGGCGAGAGGCGAUUCAAGCGUGCCCAACCAGUGAAGCCGUCAGUUGCGGUCAUCGAUGCCUCGAAAUAUGGCAAAAGAUGCCCAGCCGGCCCUCUCGGAUGGACCGCAGACGAUUGGGGCGAAGAUUGCUUGAAUUUAAACCUUUUUCGCCCAAAAGACAGGCCACAUAAUACCAAGUUGCCUGUUGCAGUUUACCUCCACGGCGGAGCGUUCAAUGGCGGAGCCGGAAGAUACCAUAGUUCUGCAAACAUGAUAUCGUGGUCGGAAGAGCCGUUUAUUAUAGUAAAUUUCAAUUACCGGUGGGUUGACUGUAUAUGUUCAGGUGACGACCACGAGCUGAUCACACAUUUGGACCGCAGACUGGGGGCUCUUGGAUUUCUGCCUUCAACUAUUACAGAAAAGGAAAAUGCGCUGAAUCUCGGUCUCCAUGACCAGAUUCUGUUGUUUGAGUGGGUUCAGAAGAACAUUGGUGCCUUUGGUGGAGAUCCUAGUCAAGUCACUUUGUUUGGACUCUCCGCUGGUGCUCAUUCGAUCGGCCAUCAUGUUAUGCACAAGACUAGAUCGAAGCGCCUCUUCCAUAGAGCAAUAAUCGAUUCCGGCGCAACCACCGCUCGGGCCGUUUAUCCCCCUAAUAACGCACUACAUAAAAGGCAAUUCGAAGAAUUCCUCUUGGAAGCUAAAUGCUCCAACAUUUCGGAUGAUAAGGUGAUGCCUUGUCUCAGGAGCAAACCGGUACUUGAUAUUGCUCGUGCCUCGGAGAGGAUAUUCAACCGCUACAAUCCCUCCGAUCGAUGGGCCUUUCAACCCGUCAUCGACGGAGAAAUCAUCGACAAAGCACCCAUCAAAAACUGGAAAUCCGGGGUAUGGAACAAAAUCCCAAUUCUCACGGGGUUCAACACAAACGAAGGUGCUCCAUUUGUGCCCUCUAACAUCGCAACUUCAGAAGAAUUCGACGAUUUCUUCCGUGCCUUGAUCCCACCCUUGCCCCCUUCAGACCUCAGACUACUCAACAAGAUUUACCCAGAUCCACUAAAAGACCCCGAAUCUCCCUACGUUGAACAUCGCCAGAUAAACGUCGGCCCGCAAUACAAACGUAUAACGGCCGCUUACGGACAAUUCGCAUAUGUCUGUCCCGUUAGACAAACGGCACACCUGGCUUCCGAGGGCCAGAGGGAACCUGUAUAUUUAUACCACUGGGCGUUAAACAAAACUGUCAAAGGGGGCGCCAGCCACGGUGACCAGGGUGAAUAUGAAGUUUACGGUCGCGGCGCACGCCAGUUCUCCAAGACACAGGAGACGAUAGCUGGAUUUAUCCACGCGUAUAUUACGUCGUUCAUCACGAAAGGUGAUCCGAACCAUAUCAAGGGCGAGUACGCUGACAGACCGAGGUGGGACCGAUUCCGAAUGAAGAGUGCAAGGAGCGUGAUGGUGUUUGGGGAUGGAAACGAUGAGCGAGCCGGAGGAGGGCAUGUUGGCGUUGCGGCUCAGAUGGGCGAUAUUAAAUGGUGUGAAGAGGAAUGUAACUUUUGGUCGGACCGAAGCAUUCUUACGGAAUCAUAA